GUUUUUCUGCACAGUUGUGCUUGCUGUGUACAGCAGACAGAAGGCUUUAUUGAGGAAAAGAAAACACAAAUUAAGCAGUUUUCCAUUUCGUGUGGCUGUUGUGAAAACUGUGGUUAUGUGGUUAUUUGGAAUUUUGGGUGGUAAGUCGGCUCUACCAUGCAUCUUUCUUACAUCCCUCAGCCAUUGCCCCCAGGGUCAACAAGUCUCUGGGUUUCAGAGCAGAGGAAGCCCUUCUGGGGGAAGAUCACUUAUUAAAAGAGAGAUGCGGAACUGCAGUUGUUAUGUGGCACUAAUAAAAAUGAAGCCAAGCCUGUUGAUCAGUGCACACUGUAAUUUCAGGCACAGCUUCCUCUGAAACUGGUUUCCUCAUUUCCUCCUGAGGAUAUGUGUACCAGAGCAAGAAUUUCAUUCAGCAAAGCCAACGUUUUAGGCUUACAGAGACAUCUGACAAUAAAGGCAGAUGUCUCCAGGGAUUUGUGGCAAGCUCACCUGCAAACGUACCCCUAGUACCCAAGCAUUUUUGUGAACACUGACUGGUUGCCACUACCCACAUAGGCUCUUGGCCAUAUAAGUGAUGGGAGACAGAUUAGAAAGAGUUGUGUUGAAAGUUGGUUUAUACUGACAUGGUGAUUGUUGGAUUUUUCUAAUUUUGACCUUCAGGCCCCCAGAUGAGCAUAUCUGUGAAAGCUCAAAUGAUAAGAAACAUCUCCUAUGUUCCACACACAGCCCUCUGCUCUGCCUAGUGAAUAUUUUAGUGACCCAUUUACAGCAAGCGGCUUUUAUUGAGCAGAGUAGGCAAAUGCAGAAGGAAACAGAAGCCCCGUCAUCCUUGUGACAAUGAUAUGUCUGUCUGUAUAUAUGUAAUCCACCUUCUCAGCCUGAUAAACAAGAGUCUGUGCACAAGUUUUGAAAGGAAGGUAACUAUCAUCUUCUGUGAUCUGAGCAUUUUCUGGCAAACACCUCAGCCACCCCAUAAGCAGGUAAGCCUUAGCCUUUGCAUGGUGAUAUCAUUCACAACUCCAGUCUUACCUUGAAUUUCAUUCUGGCUUUUUAAUCUCUCUCCUGAGGCUUAAUCAACAUAAUGUUCCCUUUCACCUGAUUUCUAUAUUAAGUUAAUUUUUGAGUCAGCUAGUCAGCAGCUAAUUGUAUUUCCACCUUUUUUCUUGGUGGUGCUUCCCUGCGUACCUUCUUACUGCAUGCUCUAUGAAGUAAACCCUCAGCAAUGCCUAGCCCUGUUUAUUUCAGGCGAUUGACAAGAAAAAAUGUCAGCCCAAGCAAACACAACUGCAUAAAUCAAAAGCUGAUGCAUCUGUACUUAUUACUGGUGAUUUUCCUCUAACCAUUUAAGAAACUGGUGUAGAGCAUUCUGUAUAACUCAUCCACUUUGGCUGCUGUUAUUUCUUGAUCUUAUUUUAUUGAGAAAACUUUUGAAUGAACAGGUAGCAGGUUGUGCCUUCAUUUUUCCUGUGUUUUCAGCUGUGGGUAUGAGACAUUUCAUUUUACAGUAGCUUUUGAAAUGAUGCAUGGUAGAUCACUGUCUUAUAAAGACUUUCCUUUCCAUUUACCUUUUUGAAGCAAUCGCUAGUGAGUUCACGACAAUGCUUUAUUUUUAACAGUCUAGCCUUGCUCACACACAUCUGUGAGAAUGGAUCACUGAAAACUCUUUUUUUCAGUUCUGGCAACAAUUUCUUUCUUCAGCUAGCUCUCCAGCCCUUCCCUGAGACCAGCCUUUGGUCUGGUUCCUUCACAAUGUCACUGACUCUGGGUCUUUACCCUACAGAUCUCCCUCUCAUUGUUAUGUCCACACCUCUGGAGGAUGCGGUGGACACCUUGGUCAGGAUUUCCCAUCACUACUCUGGCAAAGAAGGAGACAGAUACAAGCUCAGUGAAGGAGAGCUCAAGGAGCUCCUCACCAGGGAGCUCACUGACUUCCUUUCAGGACAAAAAGACCCGCAUCUGGUUGAUAACAUUAUGAAAGAUCUGGACUCCAACAAAGACAAUGAAGUGGAUUUUCACGAAUUUGUCAUUCUGGUUGCUGCUUUGACUGUGGCAUGCAAUGAUUUCUUUGAAGAACAGCUGAAGAAAGAGGGAUUUUAAAAAUGCUUAAUAUACAAAUGCGAGCAAAGCAUGACUAGUUAGGUAGCCCUCAUCAGCAUUUAGUGAAUGCAAACCAUCAUCCCUCCAACUGCUACUGCUCUAAGACAUUUACAGAGCAGAUCAGCAGCUGGUGUAAGUUGGACCAAUGCCAGUGUACACUAUUUGAGAUCUGGCUUUUAAUAUUUUCAGGUUUUGUGCUGCAUGCAUCUGUAACGUGCAUCUAUGAGCUGCCAAGGUCAAGGACUUGGUAUGACAGAUCAUUUGGCAGAAGCUGAGACUUCUAUUUCUUAACUGCCAGUGGAAAGUAAAAGGCAUGGGAAUGUUACUUACGUACUUUCUGAACUGGAAAAUUUGGAAUAAGACAUAAAACUUGCAAUUAAGUUUUCAGUCAUUCUGUAACAAUCACAUUUCUUUCAGCUCAGAAAAUCCAGCUUGGAUUUUACUCAGCUCUGCUUAUUCUAAAGCCCUUUUUAGGUGUUGCUACAUACCUCCCCACACUCUCGUAUUUCAGAUGUGGUCACAGCUGUCUCCUGGUGCCUGGGCAGACAGUACCGCUUGCCAUUGUUAUGCGUUCAUUUCCUCUACCUCCCCUGCUUUGAUUUUGUUGUUUUGGCAUUACUUCGUCCCAGUAGUCCACCUCUUCAUUCAGCAUAAAUGAAUUUAUUCAUAUGUUAAAUUAUUCAAAUGCAUAGAACGUUUAGUCAGCAAACUGCUCUGAGGGCUGAUGGAGAGACUGGGUCUUCAAGGGAAAUGCAAAUGCCUUCUGCUUUCACAAUUCUGGCACCCUUAAGAGGAGGACUUUUAGAGGACCACUUCUGGGGGAUUUAAUGAUAGGGUCUCAGGGUACAUCUUUGUAAUGUGAGUCAUCUUAUGGAACAAUGAUUUCAUCUUACAGUGAUCCAACACAUUGCAUAGAAGCAGCACAAAAGGGGCAAUUGGACCUAAUGGCCAGGGUUGGAGAGAGCAGAAAAAAUCCCUUUCAGUGUUAACCUGCUCUUGGGUUGAAUCAGAAGUACUUCUGCACUCUUGUUUGAAUUAAGCAUACUUCCAAACCGCUGCAAAUCCUCAGCGACAGGAUGUCAUGCCUUCUUUCUUGCAUGGAGAUUUCUCUUUGUUUCUUGUUGUUUUAUGGUAACAUCAAACUAUAAUUAAAGGUGUCUGAAUUAAAUAAA